CGUGCCGUGCCCAACCCUGCCGGGAGGGGGAGGGCGCACGGGAGGAAGGAGGAAGCCGCCAUCUUGGAGCGUCGAGUCGCCAUAACAAGGCACCCAGUGGGAGCGAGAGGAUUUUUUUUACCUGGGCGAGGGGGAGCGCGGCCGGUGGCGAUUGAAGCAAGUGAAUUCUGAUAUAACUCAGCUUUGUUAGAGGGCUUUUUUUUUUUUUAAAGAAAAAAAAAGUUGAUCCACAGUGCAUCAGAGCAAGUUACUACUUUACUUUUGAGUGACUUACAGGUGCUUGCCUGCAUUGCAAUAAAGGACUCAUAUAUUGAGCAAGACUUAUUUAUCUCUUCAUUUUGGAGAGUCUAAUAAACUGUUAUUACAGUUUCUGUACUGACUUUCAAAGUUUUGAAGUCUAAAAAGACAUCUUUAAACAUAGAAACAUGAGCACGGCCAGAACAGAGAACCCUGUUAUAAUGGGUCUAUCCAGUCAGAACGGGCAGUUGAGAGGCCCUGUGAAACCCAGCGGGGGCCCAGGAGGUGGAGGCACACAGACUCAGCAACAGAUGAACCAGCUGAAAAAUGCCAACACGAUCAACAACGGCACCCAACAGCAAGCACAGAGCAUGACCACCACUAUUAAACCUGGCGAUGACUGGAAGAAGACUUUAAAACUCCCUCCAAAGGAUUUGAGAAUCAAAACUUCUGACGUGACCUCCACAAAAGGAAAUGAGUUUGAAGAUUACUGUUUGAAACGGGAGUUGCUGAUGGGAAUUUUUGAAAUGGGCUGGGAAAAGCCAUCUCCUAUUCAGGAGGAGAGCAUCCCCAUUGCUUUAUCUGGUAGGGAUAUCUUGGCUAGAGCGAAAAAUGGAACGGGCAAGAGUGGAGCCUACCUCAUUCCCUUACUUGAACGGCUAGACUUAAAGAAGGACAACAUACAAGCAAUGGUGAUUGUUCCCACCCGUGAGCUAGCCCUGCAGGUCAGUCAAAUCUGUAUCCAAGUCAGCAAACACAUGGGAGGUGCCAAAGUGAUGGCAACAACAGGAGGAACCAAUUUGCGAGAUGACAUAAUGAGGCUUGAUGAUACAGUGCAUGUGGUGAUAGCUACCCCUGGAAGAAUCCUCGAUCUCAUCAAGAAAGGAGUAGCAAAAGUUGAGCAUGUCCAGAUGAUAGUAUUGGAUGAGGCAAAUAAGUUGCUGUCUCAAGAUUUUGUUCAGAUAAUGGAAGACAUUAUUCUCACGCUACCUAAAAACAGACAGAUUUUGCUCUACUCAGCCACUUUUCCUCUGAGUGUACAGAAGUUCAUGAAUUCCCAUUUGCAGAAACCCUAUGAGAUUAAUCUGAUGGAGGAGCUGACCUUGAAGGGAGUUACCCAGUACUAUGCCUACGUCACCGAGCGUCAGAAGGUUCACUGCCUCAACACGCUGUUUUCCAGGCUCCAGAUCAACCAGUCGAUCAUUUUCUGCAACUCCUCUCAGCGGGUUGAAUUGCUAGCCAAAAAGAUCUCCCAGUUGGGCUAUUCCUGCUUCUACAUCCAUGCUAAAAUGAGGCAGGAGCAUCGCAACCGCGUGUUCCAUGAUUUCCGAAAUGGCUUAUGCCGCAAUCUUGUUUGCACUGAUCUGUUUACCCGAGGUAUUGAUAUCCAAGCUGUGAAUGUGGUGAUAAACUUUGAUUUUCCAAAGCUGGCAGAGACUUAUCUCCAUCGUAUUGGCAGAUCAGGUCGCUUUGGACAUCUUGGCCUGGCCAUCAACUUGAUCACCUAUGAUGAUCGAUUCAACCUGAAAAGUAUUGAGGAGCAGUUGGGAACUGAAAUCAAACCCAUACCAAGCAACAUUGACAAGAGCCUUUACGUGGCAGAAUACCACAGUGAACCUGUAGAAGAUGAGAAACAGUAACCAUGCUUUGACUACAUAUGCCAGAAGGUGAAGCCCUUUGAUCCACAUCUGUGACACAUCAUUUCUCUGGGGAUACCCUUCUCUUUGUGGGUUUUUCUUCGUCUUUUCAUUUUGGAACUAUGAAGACUAAAGAGCUCGGCCUUUUUUCUUUUUAAAUUUGGCAGCAAGGAAGAAAGAAGAUGAAAGGAGGAAUGUCUUUUUGUUUUCCACUCGUUUGCACUGUGUGCUGAUUGAACAUUAGUUGCACUAACUGCUGGUUUUAAAUUUUUUUUUCUUUGGGUGGGAGGGGCAGCAAGGGAAGAAGAGAAACCCUGGAAAGAGAAGAAUCUUUGAACACGAGCUUGUCUGCGAUUUCAAAUUCUCCAACCGUCGACUGAGUGCAUUUCAACUUCUCCCUGGUUACUCAUCUGUUUUGAAGCUAAAGAGCUUGUUACUUAUUCGUGCAAAGUGCCUUAUGCUAUGAGACCAUUCAGAACAUCACCUUUCUGACGCAGCCCGAGGAGUCAGCCGCCGUUUUUGGUUUCAGGUCAAAGUUCCCCUCUCUCCCCCCUCUCUUCCUCUCCAAGUACUCGAGGCCAGGGCUGUGAGGUGAAACUUAUUGGUAAUACUACUUUGUCUUCAACUUCUGUUUCCUUUUUGUUUUUUUUUUCUUUAGUUGGAGGAGUUGAUAUGCAUCUGCAGUUCACCCACACUGUAAAUACCUGUAUUUAAAACAAAACCAACUUAAAAUCUGGGCUGAUUAGGUGCAGCAUCGUAGCUCCAGAAGGAAAGAGUAGCCUGUCAUCUCUUGCAGGAGCCAUAAGAAAACCCCUAUGCUCUAGCAGAACACUAAAGACUGGUUACCAUAAGUCUCCAUUAGUAGUUCCAGCACUUGAUAUGUAGACUUGUUUCAGAGCCGUGGCCCUCUUUCCUCUGGUGCAGUGUGUCCCAUAGAAAAUCAGAUGUGUAUAUUGUACAAACUUUGUAAAUAUUUUUUUUUUCCUGUUUGGGUUCAUAUAUAACUUUUUUGUUCUUUUUUUUUUUUUUGAUGAAGGUUGCUGGGGUUAAAGGGAUUUGACUGAUUAUGGGAGCAGCUAAAGAUGAGAGGGGCUCAGUUUUCUGCAACACUAAGCGAUGAGAAAUGCUGUGAGCAGGGCAGCCUCCACGUGUGUCCCUGGUCGGGGUGGGUUUGCUCCGCUGUCAGCAACGCUGCCGGUGCCACUCGUGUGGAGGAGAUUAUUUGCGAGGCCCUGAGGUCUCAGCAGUCUGUGGCUCAGCUCGUUUGAGACGCUCUUCAAUCUUCCCCUUAGAAACUUCAGGAACUUGGCAAGCUCUGAAGGUGCCACGAGCCGCGUUCUGCGUGGCACGAGGGGAUGCGGCGGGUGUCAGCGCUGCUGAGCAGGAUGUGCGUAAGGUGUGGAUUUGGGCUUAAACCAUAGGAAACAGAUGCGUGAACGGACAGUUCUGGAGCUCGAUGGGAACGAUUGAUUUCCUGCAGCGUUGCGUAUUUUCUGCCCAGCACGACCUCAGUACAGACGUUUGGUGAGCAGGGCAGGUGAAGCCCUGUCCGUGUGCCUGGGGCUGCAGAGAGCUGCUCGCCAUCGCUCUGUUCAGGCGCCGCUUGCUGCCUGUCGCUGGGACACCUCCUGGUCAAACGGUGUUGCUUUAAAUUGUGCCCCUCCCAACAUGCUUGAUGUUUGGCCUGAUCUCCAGGCAAAAGGAGUGAGACAAAUCAAACUGUAAACUUUUAAAAUUCCCUUUUAGCCUGUUCAACAACAGCGUCAGGAGGCACCUGGAGGAAUGCAAUCCCUUUUGCUCAUUUAUUCUGUAUACAGAUGCUGCACUCACACUAUGCUUGCUUACUUUGAGGCAGGAAUUAAUUAAUUGUCUUAAUUUCUCCCUUUUUUUGACCCCUCCCACACUUUUUUCUCUUGUUUUGAGUAUGAUUGGAACCAAAAGGCAGACUUUCCUGUCCUUUUCCUCGAGGAACACACUCACCAAACCAGGUGCCUCCUGACAACAGCUUUACAAGAUGAUGGAAAGGGUGUUUUUUUUGUUUUUUUUUGUGUCAGCAGUGACUCCGUAACUGUAGCAAAUGCUGCACUAGAGUACAAACUCAAGAGCUUGGUCACAGACACUCUGUGAGCCACACAGCUUACAUUUGACUGGCAGGUACUAAAUGUAAACAACUUUGGGGUGCUGGGAGGGGGGCGGGGGUGGGACUUUGUGGGUGCAAACUUUGACCAAAAGUAAAAUCUUGCUCUUGUACUGCAGCCAGCUUAUGAUUUUUCCAGAGAGUCAGAAGAGGGAUCGUUUUAGUGCAACAAAGACAUGACAGAUGUAAAUACAAGUGUAGGAUCUUGGCGGGGCACACGCGUGUGACAAGAACAGGACAGCAGCGUGGGGUGAGGUGCGUGUGCUCUGCUUGAUGGGGGCAGUGAGCCCGGUGCCAUGCUCUGAUGGUCCCUCUUGAAGCACAGAACUUUUAAAUGGAAAGUAUUACUUUAAACUUGGCCUCUUAUUGAGGAUUGGCACUUACCUGAAUAUCGGGGGCACCAUUUCUAGGCGGCUUCCAGUGCUGAAGGAAGCAGCCUAUUCUUGGUGCUAACAGGCUAUCUCCAACAGAUGCAAACGGAAAGAUGCUCCAAAUGACUAGGGUAAGCCUAGGGUUUUUUUUCCUUUGUUUGUUUUUCUCCCCGAGAUCAAUUGUGAAUCAAUUUUGGCUUCUUGAGAUUCCUUGUGACACCCUGUUCUUUUUCUGGUCGUGCCAGCCUUUGCAUUUGUGCAUUGCUUGGAGCCAGUCUCUUCAGCAGAGGAGCCCUUGGGCCAAAUACUUCCUCUGACAAAGAUGGCAUCGAUGAUAAUAUGAGUAAUUCUGCAUUUUUUCCUCCCAGAAGUCUAAAAAUUGAGGUGAAAUGGCCGCAAAGAGAUGGACACCAUCUGCAGCCAAUUUAUUCCGAUCAGCUGCAGGCCGGCCUCAGGGUGCAGCUCUGUAGGGCUUUCCCUCAGGGGGGUGGGGGGUGGGUUGGUCUCCAAUAGGUAUUUUAAUUUCCAGAAUGAGAUGGGAGCAUCUUUCCUUUGCGCUCUGCGACUUGUUGUUGUUGUUGUGGGUAAGAACACGGAAGCUCGGUAUGAAUUUGUCGUACACACGUUGGUAUCAAAUCAUCUCAUUCUGACUUUGAUUUUGAUUUUUUUUACUCGGGUUGGGGGAGGGUGUCUGCUCUCAGGAUUUAAAAAUGCUUCGCGCGUUGUGAUGGAGGUGAUGGGGAGGGGGGCAGCCUGCAGUACAGCGCUGUGCAGCGGCUCCGUCCUGCAGGAGGCCGCAGUGCAGCUGAGCGCAGUGCAGCUCCCUUUGCUGCCGCGCAGUUGGGCACAACAGCUGUUUCCAACUGCUGGGAACUCGCAGCCUCUUUAAUUGGAGUUGAUAAUAAAGGAGGGCUCUGGACCAAAGAGCAUCUGGAGGCUGUGCUGCAUCGUCCCCUGCCUUCAGCUCGGUUCCUGCGGCGUUGCUGACGUGUCUGCGUGGAAGCAUUUUUAAAUUCUGCUCUAGACGAAGUGAGGGAAGGGUAAGGAGGGGUGGUGGGAGGGAUGGGUUUAUUAAGAUACAGCCUUGCUGUAUUUUAACCAAUAAUUAAAGGGAAGGGGUGGCAGGAGAAGAAAACAGUCAUUGUUCCCGUUACAGAAAAAAAAACAAAA